CUGCAGUCAUUUGACCUCAUAAUCUGAGCUCACGCAUAAUUGUUGCAGACUCUUUGGGCGAUGAACGAGAGAUACAAACCCUACAAAAUGUGCACCACUCUUAACUACGACAGAGAAAUGGACAAAUAUUUAAACACGAUUUUUGACAACCUGCGUGCUUUGGAGGAGAUUCGGCACGCUAGAGUUUCACUGCCGAAGUGUGAGAAGUCGCGACAGAUUUCCAAUACUCAACGAUCAGAACCAGUUUGCACGAAACUGAUGCGCGAAACUAUCCCGAAAAAAAUUCGUCAUUGAACGAGUGUUUACGGAGCACGUUACAAAAGUGAAAGCCCACGAAAGCACCUGAUGGGGUACACCAGAAGCUUUUAGUGCGCAGAGAGUGUGAUACGAGAGGGAAACAAACCAAUCUUGAUAAGUGACAAUUGCAUAGACAAGGAUUUCACUAUGUGACAGAUAGCUGGCUGAAGGUAAGAAAGCUUGAAAACAACUAGCGCUCUUGAUAAACGACUGAAAUGGAAACGAAAUGAAGCCACGAGAGCAAUCAAAGAGAACUUGUGGGUUCCGCCUUUGGAAUAACGAACAAAAGCAUUAAGUGUUUUAUUUUGUUUUACUGCGCCACAAGUUAGGACUGCGCUGAUAAUUAUGUAAGCCAUAAGUAACCAUAGCGACCUGUAAGAAUUUGCUUUGCUUUAAAAUUUGAGUGAUAAACAGCUCCAUUUUGCCUUCGAAAAGUUAACAUAAAGUUUGAAACUCCAGUAGUGUCGUUUUCCUGUCUUUUUAAUGCUCUGAAAGAGUCAGUCAGUCACGUAUUAAGGGAGAUAUAAGACAGGACAGCAAGCACGAUGUCGAAAGAGCGAUACACAUCUUGAAAAUCUCUGAAAGUACCUGAAGACCCCACACUGUCACGUAUCAGUAAUGAUGAAUUCACCUUUGUUUGUUGUUUCACUUCAAACGAGACGAAUUUAAAGGCAAAAUCUUUAUCUAAAUUCGAAUGCAGCUUCGCAAAAGCGACGUUAGAAAAUUAAGGAGGACGCCAGGAAAGAGCUUGAAUUCGUGCAAACUUUUAUCGUAAGCUUUGUUGCAUGAGCGUGUUCUACAGCUAGUCGGCAGACAAGGGAUUGAAGCGUGAUCUACCGAGACAAGUGGUUAAGGUUUCGAAAGAGACGUUCUUAUUUACUUAAACUUUGUUUAGUCUUCGGCAACUUUUUCUCACACUUUGAACAAAAUUCUUUUCUAUGACGUCAUUAAAACGAACGUGACAAGAACUAAACAGUUUCCCGCGUUUAGCGUUUAGCCAGUUCGUAGUCAACAUAUUAUGGGGGUCUGGUAGAGUGUGACCACCAGUGAGGGAGAUCAGGAUCAGAAUCAUGAAAAUAGAGCGAAUUUCAAUUGAGUGUUGACCAAAGCCGAAUCACUCUGGCCAAUCACAAAGGACAAAGACAAACCAGUGAACCAAUCAAAACUUGAAGCAAAUACAUGUAGCGCGGGAAAUUUUUGAAACGUAUGCGAGCGAGUCAUGAGUGGUUUUGUCGCGAAUUUCAAGCCAAUCACGCAUAAGCUCGGUCCUCACUAGGGACGCAAGCAUAAGCAUAAGCAUAAGCAUAAGCAAAAACAUAAGCACAAGCAGAAAAGAAGCUAAUGUCCUAGUAAGGUCGGUCACGACAUAAGCAUAAGCAUAAGAAAAGACCUUGCGUUCUUCUUUUGCUUAUGUCUAUGCUUUUGUCGCUAUUGAGUUCAGUGAAGACAUGUUGGCAUAAACAUAAGCGUGGGCAAAAGACUUUCAGCCAAUCAGCGAGCACUUCGUGCCUUUGUCAACCAUGUCCUCACUGAACAUAAGCAUAAGUGUAAGGAGAACGCUUAUGCUUAUGACUCUUAUGCUUAUGUCGCGGCCGUCCCCACUAGCGCAUUAGCUUCUUAUGUUGAUAUUUAUGUUCACGGUCUAUGUUUAUCCUUGCGUCGCAAGUGCGGACCGCGCUUUAGGGUAGUAAAGGAAAAACAAAGCAAAUCAGUGAGUUGUUUUCGACACUCACGUCAAAACUACUCUCAAAUACAGUGAAACCUGUGUUAAGUGGACCCCAUAUUAAGUAGACACCAGCUUGAUUACCUAAAUUUUCUUCCCGCAUUUACUGUAACAUCAACCUGCCGCAACCUGCAAUAAGCGGACACUUCAUGGGCUUUUGCUCAGAUCAGCUCAGACUCCUCUAACAGUUGUUCAGUUAUGUCGUUUUAAAGCCAAGUAGAUUAUUCCAGAUACUGGAAAUGGUGCUAUGUGCAGUCUUUGAUCUUACAAUAUGUUACACUGUUUUACAAAAGGUUUAAUGAUAAACUCUUAUUGCAUAAUAUAUUAGAACCUGUUUAGAGCGGACACUAGUGAGUGUCCCAAGGGUACCUCUGGUACGUUCGCCAUAAGAUUUCUGUGAUCAUCUUUUGGAUUGUCCUCAGCCGAAUGCGUAAACAAUGGCUUCUGUUGGCUCCUGCUUCUAUGCCGGAAAGCCGCUGUACUGAAUCCAAACUCAAUUUUAACAACUUUUAAACCAGUACGUCUGACAUUAAUUCAUCAUUGAUUGAUUAACAAUUAAACUACAUUUAUUCUUUGACCGUUACAACGAAAUAUCUACAUAAUAUUGAUUGUUUAACACUUGGCUAGAAGAUUAACUCAUUUUCAGAGCAUUUGAACUCCUUCUUAAGUAAUUCGAAAAAUUCGUGGCAGAAAAUUAAAGACGUGCGUUGUAACUUUCCUAAAAAAAAAAAAAAAAUCGAUUUUCCAUCUCGCUAUUUCUAAUUGUUUGUGGACUGUUUAUGUGCAACCAAAUCCCGUGGAGCAUACUAAGUGGUACUACAUACCCCGUAAUUACAGAAUAUAGACAAUGCCGGUCAAACAUUGUUUUGCAAAGGAAAAGGUGAAGUGGACUGUGAUCAAAAUGCACGUUCGCGGGCCUAGGUCAGGAUCAGAAUAACAGUAGAUGCUUACAUCUCGGAUCGAAGCUCAAGUUGUUCAGUUUUUUGCUAUUACAAGCUCCACGGCAGAUUCUCUGUUUUAAUCUGUUUUCCAUUAGUUUUGUUUGUAAAACACAUCUCUUUCCUGGUGCUGUCUGAGCUAUGGUUUCUGGCCUCUUCUUCCGUUGUCCUGUGUUUGGAGGCCCCAGAAGACAUUCCCAGAAAAAAUACCUUUCAAACAAAUUCCGCUAAAUUGAAGUUGCAGAAGCUUGCUUUCCUCUAUCACCUCUCCUCUCCCGUCCCGUCCCGUCCCGUCCCGCUAACCAAGAUAAUCAGAAAACGUCAGAAAGCUUUCAGGGUCCAUUUCACCGCAACAAAGAUUGCGAAACCCAACCGCUUUAAUUUUGUAGGUCGUUCAACACAAAAGCGUGCUUGACAUUACAGAGAUUGCAUGCCGUGAUCAUAUAUGUAAAUCAGUUGUAAAGUUUCAGCCUGUUAAACCGAUAAACUGACCUACCAGUUGAACCUUAAUUUACGCACCUUUGUGAUUAAUUUACUAGUUGCCGCCUCGUUUGGGCUUUAACACGAAACAAUUGCCCUGUCUGGUUUGAAAAAUCAAUUAAACGUUUCUUCCUUUUCGCUUAUUAAUCUAUAGAAAACUACAAUGUGCUUAUUAAAGGAGUUUUAUGGCAGUAUAAUGGUUUACAUGCCAAUCUGCACGACCCACUGGACGCGUGCUGGGCAUGAUGUAAUUUACAAGUGUCUUGGUUUGAUUUGAUUCACGACGUCACGUUUUUUGGGCCAGUCAUAAAAUUACCUCCCCAAGAAGUUGAACAUAUAUUUUGUUGCGGCUUCGUUUAUCACCGCGAAAUAACUUUAAAGGCGUUUAGCUAGGGUUUUAAUUUGUUAUGCACGCUGACCCUCCUUAGCAAACACAGAUUACAGGUUGACAUAUUCCGACAAAAGAUAUGAGGAGUUAAUAAGGAGUGAAUCUUUGCAAAGGACGCAGGAUUAGUCUGAGGGUGAAAACGUUUGGUGGCGUUCUUGAUUUCAAGAUUGCUUAGGUCAUGGAUACAAAAAACCGAGUCCACAAGGAGAACUACACAACGUUUGACUACGAAGAGGAAAUGGAAAAGGCCCUCAGCACGAUUUUUCGCAACCUUCGUGGUAUAGAGGAAAACAGAUUUCGAAUCACUUCCAAUCAGUGUGAUCCGAGUGAGAUCGCCAAAACACAAAGCACUCCAGAACCGACAGCUUACAUCGAUUUGCCAUCGCGAAAACCUGACCAUGAACUUCAAGAAGAAGUCCAUACUGAACAAGUUACAAACGUUAAGUCGAGAAGGAGGUUACCUGAGGUGCCAACUGGAAAGAAGCUAUAAACCUUCACUUAGUGUGUGAAAAUUGAAACGAUCUCUUGGUGGCUAACAGCUGUACCAACUUCAGUGAGAGAGUUGUUCGACAGUUCAAGUGAUAGUGAUGCUGAUUUAUGAACCGGCUAACUUAAUGAUUGUCCUUCAUCAUUCGCUUAAUUUAUUACGGUGCGCUGGACUGGCGCUCUAGCUAGUGAGAGUCGACAGUACUGUGAGCUGGCUUAUUGUGUUUUAACAAGACUUAUAAGAGUUUGUGAAAUAACAACACGCAUCCAACUCGGCAACAAGUUCACAUUCACUUUUUUUUAUUUUUGACUGAACCAUUCACACCUUCCAGGUGGAUAAACUGUCGCCGUAUUUAUCAGUAGCAGUGAUUUCUGUGUUAGCAAAUUAGCGUUAAGUUUGCGACCUAUUAGCGUGUUAAUUGUUAUAAACUUCCUUGCUCACCACGCUCAGUAAAUAUUAAUAACCUGAGAGACAUAACGUUGUUUGCGGUCUAUCGAGACGACCAUUUAACUGAGUCAACACACCAUGAACCCAUUGUACAUGUUGUAAAUAAUAAAUUGCAUCGCAAAUGAAGGGACAAAAAAAUGAUCAAGUAUUUCCUUUCGGUAAUUGCAUUUAAAUCUCCUUCAUCAGAAGCUUGGAUCUGCACUUUAUCUGCAUCUUACUGAGGACAUUUGUGAGGGUUGUACGAGACAAGAAUCUAAAUGAGGGUGCUUGAAAGGUGACCAAGUCAACACAUGGAAUGAUGCUUUAAGCGAUAAGAAACUUGAACAGUCAUAGAAACUAUGUAGGUCUGUGUAAGCCCCAUAUGACAUACCCUGUUCCCCGAGGUUUUCCGUGUUUCUUCGUUGACUUCCCCUGCUAUUAACUGAAAGCACCGUCACUCAAUUUUGGCCUUUUCGCGGCUUACACAUGAUCGAGAAACAGGAAAGGAAAACUCCGGAACCACAGAGGUCAUUACUAAAACGACUCGGAAGACUGAAAGGAAGUGGACAGAUCAAUUUCAUCAAAUGCGAUUCACUGUUCAGGCUAAUUAAGAAUAACGGAUGUUAAUAUACAUAGAUGAAAACAAGACGGUCAAAGAUAGACAUGGUUCAUGUCAAUUCCUAUUGACAAAACCCACAAAAAUAUUUCGGUCACGGAACAACAAGGCGGAAAAAAGAGUCGAUAAAAAACAACCGUGGGGUUUCCAUUGCUCAAGGAACCGAUUUAACAUUCGGCUUCUUUGACCCUCUUUCGUUAAAUUAAAAAGCGCAGCUUCUUUCUCGAAUUUCUUUGUCUAAUUUUAAUCAUAUUCGGCAUAUCUUAUCAAACCCCAACCUUAUUACUUCCUAUAAGGAGCUCUAUUUAAUAUCGGGAGAAGAAUGUUGCGCAAAAUAACUCAACAAUAUAUAUCCACGUUUGUUCUCGACUUCAAACUUAGGACAGCAGCCUUUGGAAGUUGUGCUUCCUCUCCAAGAAGGACCUCGUAACUUAUAGAAACCAAAUUUCUUGGACAGUUAUGCUUAUGUCCUUAAUAAUUAUGUACAAAUGGUACGUGCCCCUUGGCCUCGGUCAGAUUGGAUAAUCCCACAUGACAAAAGUAAUGCCUCUUUUACUUUAAGAUAAACCCUUAUCACAUUUUUAAUCGUCUCUGCUUUAGCUGUCCUUGUUAUGUUUACUGUUUAUUGUCAAUUAGAAUGGAGAGUUUCGCAUCGCGUUUAAACCUGGAAUGUUAUUUCUGGUAAUUUCUCGUCUACCUUUCAACUGUAAUUCAUUUUGAAUAGGUCUUUCACCUCACAAAAACUGGCUGGCUUGCGCAAAGCUUUUCAGCAUCAGUUUCUGAUCUAAUCCAGCGCAAGCCUGAUCCGCCAAGCCUGAUAACUAGUUUUACCCCGGACAUCAGGAAAUAGACUUGCAAAGUUAUAUCACUUGGAACAGUAACCACUUCUGAACAUAGAAUGAUUUGGAAAUUGCCCGUGAAAAGGGUGGAAAAAUCAACUGUUUACCAUGGCUCCCGCUGUUGCUCCUGCUGUUUACCGCGUCGCGAACGCGCCGCUUCUUUGGACGAGUAAGCCUGAAUCCCAAUAAUAUCGCAUUUAUCCAAAAUGGCGGACAUGCAAGGAAAUGAAAGCGCUAAAACUCCAGAAUUACUUGAAUUGAAGAUAUCACAAACUUUAUACAAGAUAAAAGAGUUGGAAGUAACAAACCACGAACUCAGCUGCUUGCCAGCAAAAAAGAGGGUCUACACAAGACAAGGUGCGGGGCACUUGUUCUUUCUCUCUGAUCGUCCUCACGUGAUCAGCCAGUUCAAGAAAAAGCUUGAAGAUGCCAGGAAGGAACUUGCAGAACUGAACAGAGAAAACCAGGAGGUUGUUCAGUCACAGGCCAGUUAGGAUUGUUGCAUCUGGACAGAUAUCAAUUGACACAUGACAGGCCAAUCAUCUUGGCACUUGGAGAUGAUGACUUUGAGGGGGAGGGGAGGGAGCUGAUGAAUAAUAAAACCCAAAAAUGGUCAAAACAACAAGCGCCUUGUUUGAAAAUCUACGAUGGAGACAUUAGGUUAAUGAAUUUAGCAUUUGGGACAGGACAACACACACAAAAAUGAAACUUGAGGAUUUAUCAGUAAGACCCAAGAUAUCCUAGGUGCCAGUGGCAACCCCUAAGAGGAGAGAACUGUGGUAUCAUAGCACAAGUGAAGUUUGAGCCACAAGUCAUGUUGUUUGCUUUUUCAAGUUUUUUGGUUUUAAUUGCUUUGUCAGAUGACAAUUGGACAACAACAAGAAGAAACAAAUUUAAUUUGACUCAACCUUGACUCAGAUUUGAAAUUAACUUGUGCUAUGAUACAACUCUUGAGAGGAAGGUCCCAGGUCAAGUCCAACAAGGUGUGGUACCUGACUUAACAAAAUUAUAACAUAUUCGUGGACCCUGUUGGAAUUCCUUUUCGACACUUUACCUUUUCUGGUAAAACUUAAUUAUUAUCUCAAACCCUGGUAAAGGAAUAGAGGAAACGCACAAUAAAGACAUCAAGGAUUUUGUUUUUAAUUAGUUAUCAUAGCUAGUUACAGGAGAGCCAAGGUGGCCUUGGUGAAAAAGUUCCUAUAAGGGGCUAUGCAUUAAAGAAAAAAGAAAUCGAUAUAGAAGGUUUUUCUUCCUGAUAUUUUGUAAGAAUUUAAAUCUGGCUAUGUCCUUAUUGUCUUUUCAUAGUAUCUCUAGAUCUAUAUGUUAAACUUUUUGGGGAGCAUUAGUGAUCCUAGCAAAUUGUAAAUUCUACUCCCUGCCAAAUGUUUUUUCCUGUUUUCUUUUCACCUUGUAUGUUUAGGAGUGUUCAACAAAUCAUUUGUUUCUAUUUCUAUUAAUCAAUCCACAUGUCCUUCAUCUACACUACCUAAUUAUGCAUAUUCUGACAAAAAGUUUUUUCAAUAUAAAUUGCAUUAUUAUGUGUAACAGGCACCUAAUCAGUUUAGCUUCAAUGUUAUAGAUAUUUUGGUUUCCCUGUUACUUAUUUUGUGUGAAAUGUGCAUGAUAUAUAAAUGAUUUAUCGAUUUGAGGUACAAAAUAAACUAUUGUUGUAAAUUCAUAAUAGAAUUCUGGAAGUAUCUCUUAACUUCUUCUGAAAAAUAAUUAUGGCUGAUUUUUGUAAUAUUUAUAUUUUAAAAUUGUUGAUUAAGGUUUGUUCAAAAAAAUGUCUCAAUAAUGGGCCUUUUAACCAAUGUCAUGCAAUAUCGACUAUUUUUUAGUUUUUUAUGUAAACAAAAAACCACUCCCAGAGAUAAACUUACCAUGUCAAAUUCAGUAAAUGUGGAAAGUUUCGUAAGAAUCUGUUUCAAAGUCAUAAAAUAUGGGACUUCAAACGUGCGAAUUCUUACAAGCGUUGCCCCUUAGCAUAGACCCUUUGCAUAAAUGGCGUCUAAAUUUGAAUAACAAUAGUUUAGACAUCCUCAGCCUCGUACUCAUGUUUCAAGGCAAAGUAUUUUUCACAUGAAUGUGAGGCUAAGGGUGUAUAAGUAUUGUAAAUAUAGGUGCCAUUUAUGCAAAGGGUCUUAUCGCAUAUUUUCUAAAUUUGGCAUGAUUAAUCGGGCCGUGAGGCUUAUUUUUUGUUUGAAUGUAAAAAUGGUCAAAAAUCGGCAAAGCGUGUCUAUCAGUUAAAAGGUGCAUCCCCUACCUACCCCGUCCGCUUUGAUGACAACUUCAGACUACUACUUCCGGUCACGUGUCGAUGUCGUGUCUUCGCCAAUGAAAGGUAACCACGCUUGCAUGAAGCCGGUAGUGAAAAGAUUGAAAAGAACUAUGAUUGCCAACGGUAAUUUGGAAGCUGGAAAGUCGAACACAAACAUGUCUCCAUAUGUUACAAACAAAAAGAAAUUACUGCUGUGCUUCUUUGGAAUAUUUAUAUCGUAUUUCUACUACGGAAUCAUACAAGAAAAAAUAACAAGAGCACCAUAUGGUGAAAAGAAAGAAAAAUUUGUCUAUGCCCUGUCCCUUGUUUUUGUACAAUGCAUCGUAAAUGCUUUAUUUGCUGAAGCAGUGCUUAAACUAACUUAUAAAGAUAACGAGGCAAAAGACUCCACUCCAUUCUGUUGGUACGGGGCCUGUGCGACCACUUACCUUGGAGCAAUGUUAGCAAGCAACAAAGCUCUUCAGUGGGUCAACUAUCCAACACAGGUUUUAGGAAAGUCAUGUAAGCCAAUUCCAGUUAUGAUUCUGGGAGUACUUCUUGCAAGGAAGAGAUAUCCACUUGUAAAAUACCUGUGUGUCUUGCUGAUUGUUUGUGGAGUAGCUCUAUUUAUGUACAAAGAGAAUAAAAACCAAGUAUCAAGUGAAAGUAGUAGCCUGAUUGGAUUUGGAGAACUUCUUCUUCUUGUAUCUUUGACAUGUGAUGGAUUGACAGGCGCAGUACAGGAUAGAAUGAGAGCAGAGUAUCACGUGCAGUCACAUCACAUGAUGUUUAACAUGAAUCUUUGGUCCAUCGGCAUCUUGGCAAUCACUCUCUUGACUAGUGGUGAAGUGUUCCAAUUUGUGGCAUUUUGUCAGCGGUACCCAAGCGUUUUGUUUCAUAUAAUGUCAUUCAGUCUGGCCAGCGCUAUAGGACAGAAUUUCAUCUUCAUCACUGUGGCUAACUUUGGACCUCUGACAUGCUCCAUUAUCACCACCACGCGGAAAUUCUUCACCAUUCUUGGGUCUGUUCUCUUGUUUGGAAAUUCACUGAUCGCUCGCCAAUGGUUUGGUGUCAUGUGCGUCUUCGCUGGACUUAUCCUCGACAAUAUUUACGGAAAAGCAAAGAAAAAAGUGUAGAAAUAUAAUUAUCAAUUUGGUAGUGCAAGUAAAUUUUCUGGUUAGAAUCACAUCAGUGCCCGUGGUUGACGUCACAACGUUCGGGAGCGUUCGUGCUCUUUCUGAUUGGUCUUUAAGAAUCGGAAACUCGUCGAAUGCUUCUCGAAGAUUCUCCAGAAACGUUACUUGUUUCCCCGAAUUCCCUCGCUGUAAGAUUAAUCAUGAAAUACGAGAAACAAAUAUAUUUAUGGCUUCUGUAUUUGUAACGAAACGGUCGGCAAGAGAUGGUGUAAACCAUUGGAAGGUAACCUGCUUUCCCUGACACUUUCUCUUAUGAAUUAUCACUGAAACUGUGAUUAAAGAUGACGAUCUCACGCCCUCCUUUGAUUUCGAA